UUCUCCUGGUCCCGCUGCUUCUUCGUCAGUUUGCCUUUGUUGUCUUCUGGUAUUCAGAUCGGCGUUAUCUAUUCCGAUAGUUCGCUGGUUUUCACGCCUUCUCGAGAGAAAUUAAAACAUUAUUUUUGGUUUUUGGUUCUCACAUUAUGCCUUUCGUGCRUUUUGGGAUCAACAAAGCAAACGUCGCUGCUGCACCAUCCUCGGUSUCUCGCCAGGUGAGCUAAAGGAGAAAACGUGUGUCGUAAAAGGAAUUUUCUUUCAAGAUAAAAGACAUUUGCUUAGAAAAAAACACGAGUCAGAGGAGUUCAGUCCGGUGGUGUCGCCAGGAAGGUAUGGCCACWGAGUAAACCCUGGGCGUCCAGCUCACAUGUGUGGGAUCCUCUUACGUCCCGCGGCCUGAGGACACUCCAGCUSUAGAUAGUUCGGCCUGUCGUGCUUCGAUGUCAGACAAACGGGGACGUCAGGUCAGCCAUGGACAAAAGGAUGGAGGAGGUGCAGCCCAGCAGCCCUCGGACCCCCAACAGAGCGGCCUGUCCGCAGCAUGUGGACAGCUGACAGCAGGGAGUCCACAAACUGGGACUGAACUGUCCACAGGAGACCGUCCCACCACAAAGACCCCACAACCGGUCACUGCAAAUGGACACAAAGCUGAUGAGACCACACAGGAGCAGCAGGGUGAUGAUGAUGGAGAUGACUCUGAAGACAGUGACGUUUCAGAAAUGUAUGAUGACGAAGAACUUGAGGACGAAGAAGAUGAGGCGGACGAGGAAGAGCUGAGCAAUGAUCCGAGUAAUUCAGGAGACCAUUGCUGCAGCGUCUGCGAUCUGCAGCUUCCCUCCAAAUUCAAGCUCCAGGACCACAUGAACCUGCACACAGGAGCGCGGCCGUACUGCUGCGCCGAGUGCGGGAAGCGCUUCUGUCAGAUACACAACUACCGAGUCCACCUGCGCAAGCACGCCAGGGCCAAAGUGGAGCGGCUGUGGUGCCGCAUCUGUCUGACGGGCUUCAGCUCGCAGGAGCAGCUGAAGAAGCACCUGUCCAAGUCUCACCUGGAGGACCAGUUUUACGAGUGCGACCUGUGCAAACGCGUGUUCACCACCCUGCAGGACUGUCAGCAGCACGUGCAGUUCCACAAGUGCGUGGUGAACAUCGCGUGCGAAGUGUGCGGCCGCAGCUUCCGCACCCCGAAGUCCCUGGCUCGCCACAGGAAGAGCAAGUGCACCCGCAGAUUCAAGUGCACGGACUGCUCCGAGACGUUCGCCAAGAAGAACGCGCUCCUKAAGCACAGCUUCUCGCACCUGGGCCUGCUGCCGUACACCUGCAUCCGCUGCCGCUGCCACUACCGGCUGGCCAAGCUGUACCGCAGGCACAAGUGCGAGCCGCAGCGCCUCCACUGCGUGGCGUGUCUGAGGGAGUUCCUCAGCCAGCAGGACUUCCAGCAGCACAAAAAGGACACGGGCUGCUGGGGCAACCAGGAGCCCAACCAGAAGACCAACGAGAUCCGGUGUCUGGAGUGCGGCCAGAGGUUCGACACGUCGGAGGAGCUGAAGAAGCACGCCGGCGCUCACCAGAGGGUGCUGAAGUGUGCCGAGUGUGGGAAGGGGUUCCGCUCGACGCUGCUGUUGAUGUCCCACAUGGGGGGUCACGCCGGCAAGUCGCCCUGCUUCUGUCAGAGCUGUGGGCUGGGUUUCCCCUACCAGCAGAACUACGACAGCCACCUGAAAACCUGCAGGCAGACUCCUCCUGUGGGUGUUCCUAAGAAGCGUCAGGCUUCAAAGAGCCCACCGCCUAAAAAAACAAAGAAAAAAAAGAUUCAACAGUCCUCAACAAACACAAGCARCUCUGUCCCAGUCCCUGUCCCUGCCCCCAUCCUGGUUCCUAUCCCCGCCCCCGUCUCUGCCCCAGUUCCAAUAAGCCCUGCUUCAUCAAUAAGUGACUCCUGCAGUCCUGCUCCUGGAACAGGAAGUCUCUCUGCCGCCUCCUCAGAUGGGUUGUGGACCCUAAAUAUCGACGAGAAUCCGCCUCCCGCUGUGAACCUCAUCCUGUUUGUUCCCGCAGAUCCUACGAGCGAAGCGCAGACCCUGCCGGUGGCGGCGGUGCACGCUCUGCCGCAAACGUCUCCGUCCCCCAUGCUGAGUAGCGAACUGCUCGGCGUGAACGCUGCUGUCGGGGUGCAGCUGAGCGCCUCCCUCGAGUUCAUACAGGGGUUCRCGGAAAACGCAGAAGCGCCCUUGGAUUUGUCUAAAAAGUGCAACUCUCCCAAGUCUGCAGAGACGAACGUUCCUCUCCUUCAAAUUAAAGCAGAGUCAAACGCUCCUCUCCUUCAAAUUAAAGCAGAGUCAAACGCUCCUCUCCAAAUUAAAGCAGAGUCAAACGCUCCUCUCCAAAUUAAAGCAGAGUCAAACGCUCCUCUCCAAAUUAAAGCGGAGUCAAACGCUCCUCCCCUUCAAAUUAAAGCGGAGUCAAACGCUCCUCUCCGUCAGAUUAAAAGUGAGCCGAAAGAAUUCGACGUCUCCGAGCAGGUCCGGCGGGAAUCACGAGAGACGAUCGGAUUUUCUGCGACGAAACAAUGCAAGACUGAACCCGGGGUUGUCUCUCCUGUCAGCUCUCAGACACCAUCUCCUGAUUUAAUGCUGGACAUAAAAAAGGCACCUGAAUCUCCUGGUUCUGGGUUUGAUUCAUGGUCGUCCACGUGCAGCAAGCAAUGUCAACCAGAGAAACAAAUAAAAAUGGAAACGAACCUUUAAAGCUUUGUUCAUGCUGACACAGGAAAGAAAAAAAUGCAGGAAAAUUACUUAAACUCACUACUGCAAUAGAAGAACAUUGUAUUUUUCAAUGACUGUAGAAAGAAACAUGGCACUGAGAUUACACAACCGGUACUAAUAGCUAUUGUGUACACUUGAAAAAUUAACGUAUCUGCUAGUUUUACUAUAAUGUAAGAUUUUCCUUCUAUUAUUCCCUACAUUUGCAUGAAUACACUCRAUGUGUUUUUGGAAACUCGAGGGUUUUCUUUUUUACUCGAACUAAAACUAUUUUACUUUGACCGUACUGAGAGUUGGCAAUAAAUAAAAAGUCGUGACUUGAAUGAAAACUAUCCUCUUGGUUUACACAAAACAUUCCACAUCUUUUUUUUAUAAUAAUUUUUAAUUGUAUUCAGCUUGUGGAGCGAUGAAAUUUAUAAYUAAACCUAUAAGAAAAUCUAUGCAGUGUUGUGCUAGAUUUGUCCCAGUAUUUAUACUUCUGAUUGUUGUCGUUACUACUUUAUAUUUGUGCAAAACAAAAGUCCUUCUUGUCUUGUUUUUGUUGUAUUUUUUCUUUUCUAUAACCUUUUAAAUAUUUAAACACAAACGGUACAGACACUUUGUCACCUUGUAAUUUACAUUUUUUGAACAUAUGUAUUCUGCAGUUGAACUUUGAUGUCUUGUGAAGGGAAAUAAACAUUUGUCCCUGAAAUGAGUUCGCCUUGGUUCGACAUCAAGUUUUUUUCUAAAAUUCAGUUUGCAUUUUGUUUAUACGUAGAGAACUUAAACAAAAAUAUUUCUUGUAAAUAUUUUCUCUAAGAAAAUCUACUUUAGGAAACUUAAUUUUCUUUGUUCGCUGGUUAGCUAGCGACUAGCUAGCAAACAAAGAAAAAUGCUAAAUAUUUAGCUAGCUAGCAUUUUGUGCCGAUAAGCUAGCACACAAAAAUAGCUACUUAUUUAGCUAGCUAGGUAGCUAAUAUCAAAGCUAGGUAAUUGGAUAUGUGGCCGGCAAUAAUAAAUUUGACAUUUUAUUGUUUAUUGGGUAUUUUUUAUUUAAUUUUCAAAAAAUAUCACUCAUGUCACAAACAAAACAAAGAUUGUAAUUCCAAUACCUUUUUGUGAUUAAUGUUUAGAACAUCAAUAAAACAAAUCAAUCUUUCAAA